AUGUCACAAAAACCAGAAGCUGAAAGAUGGAUCUGGGGUAUAAUUGGUUGUUUUAACGAACGUGGGAGAUUUGAGCUGGUCUCUACUGUUCUUCGUCCGCGUUGUUGCCGUCCUAUUCGUACCACCUAUCUCAUCCGAUUUGUCAGACUGUUGAUCCUUCCAUCCUCAUCGAGUGGAGUAUCACUGAUCUUACACCUCGGCGUCUUUGAGUAA